AUGUCUGCGCAGUCGCUCUUCCCAUACAAGCACAUCGUUCUCCGCCCACAUCUCAUCCCCGCUAUAAAUCUCUUCUUUCCCCGAAAUCAGCGAAAUAGGUACUACGACAGAUUCUCAUGUUUCUUCGUAGCCAAAACUUGUAAACAUCCGAUAAAUGUGUCUGCGUACCUGUCUUCACGUAUAAGAGCACAUCUUCAUCGUCUCCAACACCACCAUUAUGCCACGCAUCUUCUUUCUCUAAAACUUGUCAACGAAUCAGUCAUGAGCGACGUGACCAGAAACCGCCCCGAUCCUGUACCAAUAUCUGCCUCUUCAAAAGGCCUUUCGGAAGAGCUUUAUGGCUGCGGCCUCGCCUUCUUGCAAAAAGCCGCAUUUCUUUCUGCACCGGCUUCCUUGUUGGGCAUGACCUGUUUCUUUUCUCCAAAGACAUGGAUGCAGAAGUCUGAUGACCCACCUGGCCAAACAAAAACCUAG